AUGUACAACGGUCGCAUAGACCCUGUGGAGCACGUAAGUCACUUCAACCAGAGAAUGGUUGUACACUCCAAGAAUGAAACCUUAAUGUGCAAGGUAUUUCCAUCUAGCUUGGGGCUUGUGACUAUGAGGUGGUUUGAUGUUCUGGGUGCAAGUUCUAUUGACUCCUUCAAGGAACUCACCCGAACGUUUGGGUCUCAUUUUAUUACAUGUAGUAGGGUUCCUCGGCCUUUAGAUUCUCUAUUAUCCAUGUCCAUGCGAGAAGGUGAGACCUUGAAAACAUACUCGGAUAGGUACUGGGAGAUGUUUAAUGAGAUUGAUGGGGAUUUUGAUGACAUGGCUAUAAGGACCUUCAAGGUCGGAUUGCCCACCAAGCAUGAUUUGAGAAAAUCCUUGACUAAGGAGCUGGUAAGGAGUGUUUGUCAGAUUAUGGAUCACAUUGAUGAGUAUAUGCAGGUCGAGGAAGGCCAACAGCAAGAUAAGGGAAAGGAUAAGGUUAUCCCUCAAGAGAGGAGGGAUUUCAGGAGGACUGGCUCUCAUCCUUUUAGGGUGAUGUUCGUAGCUCAGCUAUCAGCUGAGGAGCCUAAUUCUGAGCCAAAGAGGACUAGAGUGGAGAUCCAACUGACAUUGAGUUUUUCGGAUGAAGACAAGAUGAGAACUAUCCAGCCACACAAUGAUGCUUUGGUAGUCACCCUCAGAAUAUGA